GUUGUCGUUGCGUGCAGGGGCUGCGGCGUCGGCGGCUCGGCGGAGAAGUGCCUCUCCAGGGGGAUCAGCUCGGAUGAGCGCCCGAAGCGGCCCCUGACGGCCUAUUUCCGUUUCCUGAAAGAGAAUCAUUCUGCUUUCAGGCAAAAAAACCCAGAAAUGAGCAACAUGGAGCUGGUUAAAAAAAUAGCAGGUGCUUGGAAGGAGUUACCAGCAUCACAGAAGCAGGUUUAUGAGGAAGCUAGAAAGACAGACUGGCAAAGGUAUGAAGAGCAGUUGGCUGCAUAUAAAGCACAGCUAACUCCAACCCAGGUGGCAGCUAUGAAAGAAGAAAGGAGAAAACGGCUGGCAAAAAGAAGAUCGUUCAAGGCAAAAAGAGAAUUGACUGUGCUUGGAAAACCUAAAAGACCUCGUAGCGGCUUUAACAUUUUUGUGUCAGAAAACUUUCAAGAAAGUGAGGGAAUUUCACCUGUGGCAAAGCUGAAGCAAUUAUUUGAUGCAUGGCGAAAACUGUCCAGUUCUCAAAAGCAGCCGUACCUGCAGCUUGCUGAAGAUGAUAAGGUUCGGUACGAGAAUGAAAUGAAGUCAUGGGAAGCAAAAAUGGUGGAACUUGGACGUGAAGACCUGAUACGUUCCAGAAAGCAAAGGCCAAAACAGAAAAAUGCUGAAACUGCAAAGAAAGCUGAAACAGCCAAAGCUUCCUCACAUGAAAACAAGGCAAAAUUAAAGUUGAAAAAAUCGGAAGAAUAA